AUGAUCCGUACCGCUCUAAUCCAGUCCGUCCGAUGCGCCUCGAGGUCCGUGACAAGGACACAGCUUCCAGCGUCGCGAGCAAUUGCUCCCUGCUUCUCCGUCACAUCCACCCGGUCGACUCCAGCUCCACGAUACCCAGGCAUCAGAUACUAUUCAGCACCAGCAGGAUUGUCGAAGCCAGAGGUUGAGGGGAGAAUAAUGGAUCUGCUGAAGAACUUUGACAAGGUCAAAGAUGCGUCGAAGCUCUCGAACACGUCACACUUCUCGAAUGACCUAGGUCUGGACAGUUUGGACACUGUGGAGGUGGUUAUGGCUAUUGAGGAGGAAUUUAGCAUUGAGAUUCCGGACAAGGAGGCAGACUCGCUUUUGAGCAUCGACAAAGCAGUAAACUACAUACUGGGCCAGCCAGACGCUCACUGA